AUGAAAUAGGUUAAAAAUAGCAAGAAAAUAAAUAAGCAAUAGAAAAAGGUAAAAAAUUAGAAAUAACAACUACAAAAGGCAUCUCAACCAUUAGUAGACAAUAACAUUUGUUAGAGUGAAGAGGAUUAAAGUGCAAUAGAAAACUAUGAAGUGUCCUUUUUGGAUCCAGAAGAUGAAGAUUAUGAUAAUGUUUGUGAUUAAGGAUUGGAAAUACAAGAAUACGAUGACCAUAAAGGUGCAAUAGGACAUUUCAAUAUUGCAAUUACCAUAGAUCCAAAUUAAACUUACGCUUAUUAUUUAAAAAGUGUUUCACUAGAAAAAUUAAAUUUUUUAGAGAAAGCUUUGGUCCAUGUUAAUAAAGCAUUAGCAAUUGACCCUUAAGAUGAAGAUUCACUAAAAUUAAAAAGUGAAAUAUUAGAAAAACUGAAUUACUAAGGGAAAGGUUUAAAAGAGAAAGCAAAAUUAUCAGCUAAAAUACUAAAAAAGGGGCUUGAUUUCAUGCAUAAAGAUCAAUUCCAAGAAGCAAUAAAAUAAUUUGAUGAAUUGAUUAAAAUAAAUCCUCAUACUUUUUAAGCCUAUUUUGAAAAAGGAAAUGCAUUAUUUUAUUUAUUAGAUUUUGACUAGGCACUUUGGUGUGCUAAAAAAGCGAUUGAUAUUGACCCGAAUUCAGAUUCAGCAUAUAAUUUAUAAGGCGCUGCAUUAUCAGAAUAGGGUAAUACUGAUUAGGCAAUCAAUUCAUUUUAAAGAGCUAUAAAUAUAAACCCAAAAAAUUCGGAAGCGCAUUUUCAUUUGGGAUGUCUUUUAAAUUAAACUAAAAUCUUUGAUAAGGCAAACCAACAUAUGGAGAGAGCUCUUGAACUAAAUCCUGAUAGUCCUUUAUUUUAUCUUUAAAAAGGCAAUUUGCAAUAUUACUCUAGAUACGUUAUGAAAAGUCAAUUGAAUGUUAUAAGAAAGCACUGGCUUUAAAUCCUACAUAAGAUUUAUAAGAGAAGAUAAUUUUUAGAAAAGGUGAUGAAUUUAUAUCGUAUAAAUCAUUACGAGGAAUCAUUAAAGUGUUUUGAAAAUGUAAUUUAGAUAAAUCCUACUAAUGAUGAGGCCUACUUCAGAAUUGGGGUUGUAUUACAACAUCUGAACGGAUUUAAUAAAUCAUUAGAAUACUUUAAGAAGGCCUUAAGUUUAAAGCCUGAUAAUUAAGAAUACAAAGAUCACAUAAGUAUAUUUGAUAUUAAAAAAUAGAUUAUGUGUUAAUUUCGAUAAAAAAAAUUUUAAGAUGUAGAGCGCUAGAAGCUAACCUAAAAGCCAUAAAUUCAACCAAAAAAAUCAAAAAUAACGAAAGGAUUAAAAUAAAAGAUUAAGAAGAAUUCAAAAAGAUGA